UCUCAGGGAACUAGUGCUGAGGGCAGUGUUAGAAAAGAAGCUUUGCAGUCUCUCAGACUCAGUCUUCCUAUGCAAGAAACGCAACUGUGUAAGCAUCUGUUCCUGUGGCCCUUCCCUCCCUCUGCCCGCCAGGGUCAUCAGCCCCUCAGGGUACAUGCCCUGACCACCUACUCUGAGCAGUCUUGGCCCUCUGCCAUCUUCCUACUGUGGUGGGCCUUGCUUCUAACGAGAGUGCAGAUACACUUGGGUAUUGAAACUUUCCUGAUAUCUGGUGUUGGUGGUGGUGCUAAGGUUCCCAGUGUUGAGGUCCUUUGAUCCCAAGAUGGUAGGUAGGCAGCAGUGGACGUCAGUCUUGACAGCUGUGCAGUUACAUCAGAGGCUUUCUUUUGUGAAUUGUUUUAGUCAGCAUUUAUUUUUUGCUGAUGUCUGUGAUUUAGGGGGGAAUAACUGACAGACUGGCAGCCUGUAAGCCCCAGAAACCUUGAGACCUUUUUCAAACCCCGUUUUCCACGUCAUAUCACACAUAUUCUUUUCGCCUCCAACUCCCCCUUCAGUCCCUGGUUCCUAGCCUUUGAUGGGCCAUAUUCUUACAAAAGCCUUUGCAGGCCUCCGUCAAACAUAGCCAAGGUUUGGUUACUGGUUUAUUGCUCAUGUGGUUGUGUGUUUUUCACACUUAGUCUAAUCACAUGGAGAAUUGUGCCCAUUGCCUGGUACAGUCUGAAUUCCUUCUCUCAAGACUGAGCAUAUCCUCUGGUAGGGCGGGGCCAGUUCUGCAGCCAUCUGUUAUCUGCUGUUUGUACUCCUUGGCCUGAGUGACCAGUGCCACCUUGAAAAUCCUGGUGUGUCCCUCCCUGGCCUCCCACCCCCAACUAUUUUUUCCCAUCCUUCCAUCAUGUAGAAACUGUCUCUUCGUUUUGAUACUGUAAUGACCAAAGGUUCUGAGCACCUUUGUAUUUGAUUUUUUGACCAUUUUAGCAUUGUUCUCUUCAGAAGUUUGCAUACUUUUCUUUUGGUUUAUUUGCCUUUUUCUUUCAGGCUUAGUUUUGCCUGGGCUGUAAUGUAUCUUAUUUUUAAUGUUUGUUUUUUCAUGUACUUGAAAGGCAGAGCCUCAGUGAGAGAAAGAGAGAAAUCAGAGAGAGCCUUCAUCUGCUGGUUCACUUCUCAAAUACCUGCAACAGCCAGGGCUGGGCCAGGCCGAAGUCAGGAGCCCAGCACUCUGUCCAGGUCUCCCGUGUGGGUGGCAGGGGCCCAGAUACUGAGCCAUCGUCGGCUGCCCCAGGGUGCAUUAGCAGGGAGCUCGACGGGAAGUCAAUGUUCAGGGACUCAAACCAGCACUCUGAUGGGGGAUGUGGGCUUCUUAAGUGGCAGCUCACUACACCACAGUACCCUGCCCCUACAAUGUGUUUUUAAACAUUUCUGAAAAUUAAUUACUGACAUAAAAGUCAUGAGAUAUCAUCGGAAAGUCUGGAUUCAUGAUUCUACAGAUCUGUGAGCUCAUGAAGCAGCACCUACACGCUGCCCUGUCCUGGGGAGUAUACACCUCCUGCACGGCAUCGUGCAUCAUACUCCUGCUGCCAUCCCCGAACCUGAGGCUGUGUGUUUCGUGCAGCUUGUCGUCCAACUUCAGUGUCUUGUAACUAAAAUCCACCCAUUCUGUUGACUUGAGUUACCCGCCAGGUGGUCACAAGUCCCUGAGUCACUGCUCAGAAGGUCAAGCUACCUGGACCACUUAGCUUUGUGCAAGGGUCUAGAGAUCUUUCAGUGAUAAAGUGCAUGGAUUAGUAAUGAUCAUGGUGAAUUCCUAGUGAACUUCUUGGUGACUGCUAAGGUUUUUGGGAUUAUUUAAAACAAUAAUUGUUUCCCUCCUCAGAAUCCAUGUCUAAAGAGGGUGCCGUGUAUGAAAAUCUGUGAGAUUAUUUCAUGUAUCUACUUUGGUCAGUGUCUAGGCCGUCUGGUGGUGUCUGGCAGGCUCUAUGGAGUCUUCACCGCUCUUGGAGGAGGAAGAGCAGGUCCGACUGGAGGCUCGCAAGCGCCUGGAAGAGCAGCUCCAGCAAUACAGAGUGAAACGCCAGCAGGAGCGCUCCAAUCAACCAACAAAAAUGAGACUUUUUAGCACACUUGAUCCUGAGCUCAUGUUAAACCCAGAAAACUUACCAAGGGCCAGUACCCUGGCUAUGACAAAAGAAUAUUCAUUCCUACGCACCAAUGUCCCUCGGGGGCCAAAAGUGGGCAGUUUAGGGCUCCUGGCACACCCUAAGGAGAAGAAAGGUUCAAAAUCAAGCAAAAUACGAUCUCUGGCUGAUUACAGAACUGAAGACUCAGAUGCUGGGAGUCCUGGUGGGAGUGUCCCAGCUAGUGAUUCUACCAGGGCCUCCCUGAGGCCAAACAGAAGCAGUGCAGUGGCCCUUGUAUCUGAGAUCAGCCUGGCUCCUGAGACUGACGACCAUCUGGAGAACGCCUCCCUGACAGGAGACAGCGUGUCUGAGGCGGAUGGGAACGAGAGUGACAGCUCCUCGUACAGCAGCACCUCUGCUCGCAGGACCUGUGCUGCUCUGGUGAGCCCAGUGGGCACACAGGAAGCUUCCUAUGUGAUCAACGGACAGGAGAUUGCUGCAGAUGUCCUGGGCCAGUUCCCCUCCAUUAAGGAUGUACUCCAGGCUGCUGCUGCUGAACACCAAGAUCAGGGACAGGAUGUCAACGGGGAGGUGCGGAGCCGAAGAGACAGCAUCUGCAGCAGUAUAUCCAUGGAAAGCUCUGUUGCUGGAACUCAGGAUGAAAUGUUGCAGGUUCUUAAAGAGAAAAUGAGACUUGAAGGACAGCUGGAAGCUGUAUCGUUGGAGGCUAGUCAGGCGCUGAAAGAGAAGGCCGAGCUGCAGGCCCAGAUGGCUGCCCUCAGCACCCGGCUGCAGGCACAGGUGGAGCACAGCCGCAGCAGCCAGCGGAAGCAGGACUCACUCAGCUCAGAAGUGGAUACCUUGAAGCAAUCCUGCUGGGAUCUGGAGCGCGCCAUGACUGAUCUGCAGAACACUCUGGAAGCCAGAAACGCCAGCCUGGCGUCCUCGAACAGUGACUUGCAAGUGGCCGAGGAGCAAUACCAGAGACUCAUGGCCAAAGUUGAGGACAUGCAGAAGAACAUCCUCAGUAAGGACAACACAGUGCAUGACCUACGACAGCAGAUGACGGCCCUGCAGAGCCAGCUCCAGCAAGUGCAGCUGGAACGCACAACCCUGACCAGCAAGCUCAAGGCGUCACAGGCUGAAAUCUCAUCUCUGCAAAAUGUCCGGCAGUGGUACCAGCAACAGCUUGCCCUGGCUCAGGAGGCCCGGGUCAGGCUGCAGGGCGAGAUGGCCCACAUCCAGGUCGGACAGAUGACCCAGGCAGGCCUCCUGGAACACCUGAAACUUGAGAACGUAUCCUUGUCCCACCGGCUGGCAGACACGCAGCACAGGUCCAUCAAGGAGAAGGAGCGUGUGGCCGCCCAGCUGCAGAGCAUUGAGGCUGACAUGUUGGAUCAGGAGGCAGCCUUUGUGCAGAUCCAGGAGGCGAAGACAAUGGUGGAGGAGGAUCUUCAGAGGAGGCUGGAAGAGUUUGAAGAUGAACGGGAGCAGCUGCAGAAGGUGGCAGACACAGCGGCUUCCUUGGAGCAACAGUUGGACCAGGUGAAGUUGACUUUGCACCAGCGAGACCAGCAGCUGGAAGCUUUGCAACAAGAGCACCUUUCUGUGAUGCAGCAACUCACCUCCACACAGGAGGCCCUGCAAGCCAGGGAGCAAUCCUUUGGUGACCUGCAGACGCACUAUGAUGAGCUGCAGGCCAGGCUGGAGGAGCUGCAAGGAGAGGCCACCUCCAGGGAGGACACCAUCCGCUUCCUACAAAAUGAGAAGAUUGUCUUGGAGGUAGCCCUGCAGGCGGCCAAGAGUGGCGUGGAGGAAUUUGACCAGGGAGCAAAACGCUUAGAAGAAGGUACCGAAGAAACAUCGGAAAUUUUAGAGCAGUUAAGACAAGAACUAGCCAUCAAGUCCAGCCAGGUGGAGCACCUUCAGCAAGAGACUACCGCUGUGAAAAAGCAGAUGCAGAAAAUAAAAGAGCAGUUUCUUCAGCAAAAGGUGAUGGUGGAGGCCUACCGGAGGGAUUCUUCUUCCAAAGACCAGCUCAUAAAUGAGCUGAAGAACACCAGGAAGAGGCUGGACUCAGAGAUGCAGGAGCUGAGGCGAGACUUAAUUAAAGUGCAUGGGGAGAAAAAGGCCGUGGAGGUGGAGCAGUCACGUUUGCAGAAGGAGGUGUCCCAGGUCCACCAGCAGAUGGCAGAUCUUGAGGGGCAGCUGCAGUCAGUACAGAAGGAGCGAGACACAUUGGAGACACAGCUGCAGUCUCUGCAGCUGGACAGUGAGCACAUGGUGGCGCUUUCCCAGGCCAAUGAGGCACUGCAGAAGCAGGUGGAAGAGCUGCAGCAAGAAGCCCAGAAGGCCAUCACAGAACAGAAGCAGAAGAUGAAGCGACUGGGCUCAGACCUGACCAGUGCUCAGAAGGAGAUGAAGACGAAGCGCAAGGCCUACGAGAACGCCGUGGGCAUCCUUAGUCGCCGCCUGCAGGAGGCGCUCACUGCCAAGGAGGCCGCAGACGCAGAGCUGAACCAGCUCAGAGCCCAGAGCGCCAGCGGUGGCAGCGAUUCCGCCCUACAUGAAAGGAUCCGAGCCCUGGAGGUGGAGCUGCAGAGUAUGGGCCGCAGCAAGCUGCUGCUGGAGAAGGAGCUGCAGGAGGUGAUCGCCACAACCAGCCAGGAGCUGGAGGAGUCCCGGGAGAAGGCGCUGGAGCUGGAAGACGAGCUUCAAGAAUCCAGAGGCUUUAGGAGGAAGAUAAAGCGCCUUGAGGAGUCCAAUAAGAAGUUGGCUCUUGAGUUAGAGCAUGAGAGAGGGAAGCUCACAGGCCUCGGACAGUCCAACGCAGCACUGCGGGAACACAACAGCAUCUUAGAGACAGCCUUAGCCAAGAGGGAGGCAGACCUAGUCCAGCUGAAUCUUCAGGUACAGGCAGUCUUGCAGCGAAAAGAAGAGGAAGACCGCCAGAUGAAGCAGCUCGUCCAGGCCUUACAGGCUGCCCUGGAGAAAGAAAAGACGAAAGUGCACAGCCUCAAGGACCAGGUGGCUGCUGCCAAGGCAGACGCCGGGCAUAACCGCCGCCACUUCAAGGCUGCCAGCUUGGAGCUGAGUGAGGUGAAGAAGGAGCUACAAGCCAAAGAGCAGCUGGUGCAGACGCUGCAAGCCGCAGCCGACGAGCUCCAGGCUCGGGAGGGGAAACACUCCCAGGAAGUCGCACAGUUCCAGGCAGAGCUGGCUGAGGCCCAGACUCAGCUUCAGCUCCUGCACAAGCAGCUGGAUGAGCAGCCAAGCCGGCAGCCCAUGGAAGACCAAGAGAUGGAAAAUCUCAAGUGGGAAGUGGAUCAGAAAGAGAGGGAAAUCCAGUCCUUGAAGCAGCAGCUGGACCUGGCUGAGCACCAGGGAAGGAAGGAGCUGGAAGGGACACAGCGGUUGUUGCAGAAUGUCAAGUCUGAGCUGGAGGUGGUGCAGGGAGAGCUGUCUUCGACCCAGAAGGAUAAGUUCAUGCUUCAGGCUAAAGUGUCAGAGCUGAAGAACAGCAUGAAGACCCUGCUUCAGCAGAACCAGCAGCUCCAGCUGGACCUGCGGCGCAGCACAGCAAAGACGAGAAAGGAACUGAAAGGUGAGGCCAGUUCAUCCAGCCCCGCGACACCCAUCAAGAUCCCGGACUGCCCUGUCCCAGCCUCGCUGCUGGAGGAGCUACUGAGGCCCCCACCUGCCGUGAGCAAGGAGCCCCUCAAGAAUCUGAACAGCUGCCUCCAGCAACUCAAGCAGGAGAUGGACAGCCUGCAACGACAGAUGGAGGAGCACACCAUCACUGUGCACGAAUCCCUGUCCUCGUGGACUCAGGUGGAAGGCCACCUUGCAGACCCAGCUGCUGCCAGCCCUGCUCUCCCGGGAGAUCACGCCAACCCUAGGGGUGACACAGACACAACCCAAGCUGAGCUGAGAGACUGGGACAGCGGCCACAGCCUCCACUCCAGUGUGUGAUUGCAGAGGAGUCUUCCGCUGUCCAUUGUAUUUAUUUGAUUGUGUGCUCUGUGUCUUUCUAAGGGAUGAAAAUUUGCUUUUGCCUUUAACAGGAAGUAAAAUAACAGAACAAGAACCAAGGAUUAGAGAACUAGUCAUCUGAGGAUCAUACGUAGCAUUUCCCAUGACGACCAAAUCCCAAGACCCUAGUUAAGGUCUCUGAGGAAUUUCUGAGUGUCUGAGGGGUUAUUUGUUGAAGGAGAUGUUUUGUGAGUGACAACAGACGCUGCUUCGGUGGCAGAAGCUUUAAAAACCGCAUGGUGUGGGUGCCGUCCCUCACUGGCUGCUCUGUUUAGCAAGAGCUUUACAAAUGAAAUCUUACACGCGCCUCUGGCUCUCCAUCUUGGUUUUGUAGCAGCCAUCCCAACGCAGGACGUGUGUCAGCGCUGACAGCUGUCCCUUCUUUUCCGAGCUUGCACCCCAGUAGUCUGACCGCUGCCUCUGACCAUGCGCCGAGGGGACUGCGUACAUGUAGAGUGUAGGGGUGCCAAUCAGAAGAAGAGAUUUUUAAGAAAUUAUUUACUUUAUCUAUGGCAUCUUCUAAAACUGAAAAAAUCUCACACAGAAAGCGUUCUUUGUUGUACAGUCUCUGAGGGUCUCUCCCUUCUGCCCAUUUUCUGUAAGCUCGCAGACCUGUGUGGCCUAUCAGACCACUAGUUCCGUGUGGCCCCACCCUCCAUCUUGGCUGGCUACCAAGCAGGAGCAGUUGGGACUCUGAAGAAGCCUGCUGGUCUCCAGUAGGCAGGGACACCAAGGUUCACCCUUCGCUGACCUGACGCUGGAGAGGGAGGAAGCAGGGGAAGCGGUAGGGGUUUCCUCGCAGGGUUUCCCGGUUCUCAGAGGGCAGCCGACAGGCUUUCUCCAGGCCUUGUCCAUCUGUGUCCCAGGUGAAAUGCUUGCUGUAAAGAUGCUUCUGUCGUGUGGUCAUAUGUGGUCACAGCUGCGGUACAGGGAUUUCUGAGCUGCGCCAGCAUCACCAGGAAGGUGCUGUGGUCUCCUGAGGGGUUUCAGGGCCAAACCCCUGUUUAGAAUUGGCAGGGAGUCUGUGAGGUGCCACUGGUACGUGUUUCCCACCUGGAGUAGUGAAACUCUGCAGAUGCUGGCUGACUGGAGAGUUGCACUCUUCAUGGAUUUGUUGUGAUGAGUGGUUCCUGUGGCCUCCCUUGCAGAUCGUGUUCUGGAGAAGAAGUCCUGGGCACCAGUGGUCUGUCUGGUUGUGCUGGUGACAGGUGACUUGUGUCUGUUUUGUGGAGAAAACUGCUAUUUUUAUGCUGUGUUCUCUUAUACUGCUAGAAGGUUAAUUGAUACAGUUAAUGUAGUGUUAAUCACAAAGAUUUUGGUAUUUAAAAAAUAUUCCCUAGCAAGUAUUCUAACUUGUACAGUAUGUGUGUCAUUUGUACAGGGUUAAUCUAGAAAUAAUACUUGAAACUUCAUUAUAAAUGCACCCUGCUUCUUACCUUAUGUUGGAAAUCGCUUUGGACUAAAUUAUUUCUGUGUUUUGUCCUUAUUUAUUUUGGUUGUACUAUCCUCUGGUCUAGUUUUAAGACCAGGAAGUAACACGCGCCUUGCUGCACGGCAGUGCUGCUUCCUUGCCCCGUGCUCACAGAAGCUCUGCAGAUGAGUGAUAUUCACUCUCCUUGUUUCUUAAUUCGAGUAUAUCAGCAAGCAAAAGCAGAUCUCUUCCUCACCCCAGCCCUGUGUGCACACACCCUCACACACAGCGCCUCCUCUUGGCUUUGUCAGUGCCCGUCCCAUCCUCAGGGCCCCUUUGGGUUCAGCAAGGGACCUGGGCUUCUUGCCCCGCCCACUUUGUGGUGUUCCUUGUUUGUCGCUGUUCUCAUGCACAGCCCACCUGGGCUCGGGGGUUCAGGUUCACUUUGGGCUUUAGGAGCCUUAAGAAGUCACCUGCUUUUGAUUGUUGAGGGUUUUAUUUUUCUAUCUCCAAGGGACUUUACCGGCCCUUUUACUUCCCAGAGUUACAAAGUUUGGGUUAUUGUUUUUGUGGGUAGAAGUGGCCAUGGUAGAAGGCAUUCAAGGAAAGUCAGUCAAGCCUGGAGUAGGUGACUGCACACUGUUCAUCCACACCAGGGAACCUGGGCUGGGAUACUUCAUGAUGUCAUUUGUUUUUCUUACGUUCCUAAACAGUUUAUUGCAGUGUGAUUUUCAUUGACUUUUCCAUAGUACAUGUCAGAUAGGUGCCACGGAUCUCUGGAUUUACACACCUUUGUUCUCUGGAAGCUGUAACGUGCAAUGUUUUUAUGAUAGGACAUGAAAAUCUACUUGGGCCAGGGCCCAGGGAAUGGGACUGGCCCUCUUAGGAAGGCAGCCUGGAGGCUUGCAGUAAGCUCUCUCCCCGUUGGAAGCUCACUUUUCUUGGUAUAAGGGUCGUGCAAAAGCCAUGGGUGUACUGAGUCACCAUGACCUAUAUUCCUGCUUCCAUGAGUAUUUUUUUAUUUUCACAAAAAUUAAAUGCCACACAUAAUGGUUCUAGGAGUGGAAGGGACCAGCGUAUUUGGAAGAGAAAUGACUUGGACAGGCAUUGCUGUGAUGGUGGGCCUUCUGAGCCUUGUGCUAACAGCUGUUUCACUCAAAGGCCCAGCCAAUUCACUAUAUGGUGGUCUCAGGUUACAGUAGGACCCUUGAGGGUAAUGUUUUAGAGAAUCUAAGAAAAUUCAGUGGUUUGAGUUACUUAUUUCUAUUAAAAGUUUCCUCAUGAGAGUCCUCAGACUGGGGCUGUUCAGGGGAAUGGUGUCACCAUGUAUACAAAUUGUAACUUUAAAAAGCAUGUUGAUUUUUUAUAAAUUUACGUGUGCUUGGGAAUUCUUUAAACUUUGUGCAAUAAACUAUUUUUUGGUAAAGA